AUGCCAAUGCGCAAGAUGUCUCGCAGAUUAUGGAACAAUGACGAAUUGGUGGAUUCUGUGGGAGCUCUUGCUGUAGAUCGAGAAGAUUCGGAAGAGCUGUGCUCAAGGACGACAUUCUUCGACGAAGAUCUCAGCCGGCAACAGUGUCAAGCAAUAACUGCUAGAGUCGGAGAAGCGAAAUCUAACAGUUGUGGAAAUAUCCAUAGAAGUUGUUGA